AUGUUCGCCAGGAGUCUUGCGAGAUGCGCUCGCCCGCGUGUCUCUCUGCCGCUGCGGUGCAGAGCCCGCAGGUACUCGACCUCUUCGAGCGGCCCUGCGUCUGCUCCCGCGCCGCCUCAGUCGUCUGCAUCCGUUUUGGGCAGUCUGACCAGCGAGCUGGACCGUCUCUCUCCGCGCUUUGAGAUUGAGCCUUCGCAGAUCCAGAUCCUGCAGGACCCUUCCGAGUUCUACGAGACGCUCAAGACCAAGAUAUCAAACGCCAAGAGCAGAGUCUACCUCUCAACCCUCUACAUCGGCAAAACCGAGCAUGAACUCAUCUCCGUCGUGCGCGAUGCCCUCCUCCGCAGCCCUGACCUCAAAGUGUCCUUCCUUACGGACGCCCUCCGCGGCACGCGUGAAGCGCCCAACCCGUCCUGCGCCUCACUGCUCGCGCCGCUGGUAGCGGAAUUCGGGCCCGCCCGCGUCGAGGUCCGCAUGUUCCACACGCCGAACCUGCACGGAUGGCGCAAGCGACUGAUCCCGCGCCGCAUCAACGAGGGCUGGGGCCUGCAGCACAUGAAGCUGUACGGCGUCGACGACGAGCUGAUCCUCAGCGGCGCCAACCUGUCCGACGACUACUUCACCAACCGCCAGGACCGCUACCACGUCUUCGCCAGCCGCCCGAUCGCCGACUACUUCCACCGCGUCCACUCGGCCAUUUGCAGCCUUAGCUUUCUGGUCCAGCCUGCUGAUUCCGACCCCGCUGGCUUCACCAUGCACUGGCCGGAGACGAACCCCGCGCCCUCGCCCCUCGCGGACCGCCACGCCUUCAAGUCCGCCGCCUCCACCCUCCUCGCGCCUCUUAUGCGCGCACCCGCCUCCCAAACCAGCACCGCCCUCUCCAGCAGCAGCAGCAGCAGCAGCAGCGCUAGCACGACCACCAACACGACGCUGGUCUACCCCCUCCUGCAAUUCACGCCCAUCCUGCCGCCAAACGCAGACACGUCGACCGAGCUCCCAGCCCUAACCACGCUGCUCACGCACCUCGCCGCCAGCCCCACGCCCAGCACCUGGACCUUCACAGCCGGCUACUUCAACAUGACGCCCGGGGUGCGCAAGCUGCUGCUGCGCACGCGCCCAGCCGCCGGCACCGUCAUCGCCGCCUCGCCGCACGCAAACGGCUUCUACGCCUCGCCAGGUGUGAGCGGCAUGCUGCCAGCGGCGUACACGCUGCUUGCGCGGCGGUUCCUGCGGGCGCGCGACCGCGCGGGCCUGCACGAGGCGAUUGAGCUGCGGGAGUGGAAGCGCGGGAUUGUGAAUACGCCCGGCGGCUGGAGUUAUCAUGCCAAGGGGAUUUGGGUCGCGUUGGCGGACGAGCCUGGCCAGCCUGGCGCCCCUACAGACGCACACCCCCCCGCACCAGCGCUCACCCUCCUCGGCAGCAGCAACUACACGCACCGGUCGUACGCGCUCGACCUGGAAGCCAGCGCGCUGGUCGUGACGACGAAUCCGCUCCUGCAGCAGCGGCUCGGGCGCGAGGUGAAAGCGCUUGCGCAGCACGCGGCCGUCGUGGAUCGCGAUACUUUUGCUGAGCCGGAGCGCAGGGUUGGCUGGAAAGUCCGCUUGGCCAUGGGGCUGGUGUGGUUGCUUGGGGGGGCGUUGUAG